CUCCCUGUUGAAAAUUAUCACUCCUCUCUCUGUGUCGCCCAAUGCUAUACAUCGUCAGGAACUUCUACUCACCAUAAAAGGACCUCCCACUAUGGCCUGAAAAAAGACAGAAAGAGGUGCUCACAAGAUGGCUGAUCAGACGGCUGUGUGAACCUCACAGCCAUGGCACCCUCCCCAGAGGUUUCUGCAGCUGCCACCACCGCCUUAAUGACAGAUAAGCUUGGCUUAGACAGCCCCGCCUAUGUGCCGGCAGAGCACAGUCAGCCAGCAAUCAGCCCAGGGGACUCUAGCCAGAGUAACCAAACUAUGGCACAGCCCUUUGAGCAAUCCAGCAACUGGUACAACCACAUAGGAAAGCUGUCCAGCAGCAUCGGUCAUCACAGGACAAUUAGAAACAGAUCUUUUAAAAAUAAUCGAGCUUUGAGUGUUCUUCAAAGGACAAAGAGUGGGAGUGCAGUUGCCAACUGAGCUAACCAGGGCAAGGAAAAUUCUGAAAGCGUCAUCACCCCUGAAAUCUUUCCAAGGUUGUACCACCUGAUCCCAGAUGGUGAAAUUACCAGCAUCAAGAUCAGUCAAGUGGAUCCCAAUGAAAGCCUCUCCAUUACGCUGAUGGGAGGCAGUGAAACCCCCCUGGUCUGUAUCAUCCAACACAUUUAUCAUGAUGGGGUAAAUGCCAGAGAUGGCCAACUACUGCCAGGAGACAUCAUCCUAAAUGUCAACAGGAUGGACAUUAGCAACGUGUCUCACAACUAUGCCCUGCAUCUCCUGUGGCAGCCCUACCAGGUGCUGUAACUGACCACGCUGCACAACCAGAAGUUCUGCAGCAGGAACAGUGGACAGACCCUGGGUGCCUACAGACCCCACGAUGACAGCUGUCAUGUGAUUUGCAACAAAGGUAGCCCCAAGGAACAGCUUGGAAUGAAACUGGUGUGCAAGGUGGAUGAGCCUGGGGUGUUUACCUUCAGUGUGCUAGAUGGUGGUGUGGCUGAUUGACAUGGUCAGCUGGAGGAGAAUGAUUUGGUGUUAGCCAUUAAUGGACAUGACCUUCAGUAUGGCAGCCCAGAAAGUGCUGCUUAUCUGAUUCAGGUAUUGCUGGCCCUCUUCGCCACUGUAUGGACUCAUGCAAUGCCAAGAAGGUAGAAAGUUGCACUAUGAUCCAGUGUCCAGCUCUGAAAAAUGCUGCUCCUUGUGUGGUGGCAUGUUUGACUCCCACAUCUCUGCUCUGGGAAGUUACUGGCCUAUGUUGCAUCCUGAUAG